AUGGCCAUAUUUGCACGGGUGACAUCAUAUCCACCACUGGGACGGAUCACUUCUCUCCGAAGGCAGAAGGCGUCAGGAUCCGAUGAAAGGGAUACGUUGCGUUUCACCGUUACAAUAGAGUCAAGCAACUCCUUCCCCGCACAGUCAUGGGAAGCGCAGAUCUGGCACAACAUCACAGGUCCCGAAUGGACCUCACUGCCCCUGCAGGAAUGUGGAACAGACCACGCAGCACUGUUGACCGGAACUGAGCACGAGUACAACUACUAUCGUCACGUAUUCAGUGAACAGAUACCCCUGCCCCCCGCGGGAGGUCAUGCUCAGUUCACUGUCCGAUUUCGCACCGGUCCGGAUGCAGAAUGGCAAUGGGCUAACCAAAAGCAGUCUGUGGGCGAUGGCGAGAUUGUAUAUAGCCCAUGCUAUUCUAAGAUUGAUGGUUUGGGCCCUGCUGGUGAAAAGCCCGAAGAACUGGGAAAGUACAUCGAGAAUCUCAGUCAUGAAUUGCAUGUUGAGUCACGGCGCAGCGAAGCUCCUGGCUCGGCACUAUGGGCUUUGUCUGGUGAUAUACAUCCUGUCAAGGGUGGAGUGUCUAGCAUCAAACGACUUGUACUAGGCACACCUUCCUUAAUGGUGAGGUACUUCUCCCUGGUUCGUGUUUGGAGUCCAUGGCUCGGGCCUAGACAUGGGAAGGAUAGGUUUCGACUUACUGAAGAUGCGAUAUUGUGUUCAUUCUUGCAAAAGGAUGGAGUGCACCUUGUUCUACUGGCUAUAUCGGGAGUCGACGAUGUCUUGACUGUGUUUCGGUCAGGUGAGAACGGUGAAGUUUUGAUUACGGCAAAGAGUGAUAACUUAGAGCCAUCAAAGUUCCAGGUGCUUGUCAGUGCUGCGGAAGACUUUGAAGUUGCCGUUUCUGCGGCCAUUUAUGAGGCAAGAAAGGUAGUCAGGCCGUUUGGGGAUGUUGCUCAUCAUCUUUCGGAAAUUGAAGAACCAGAGCCACUGUCUCCCAUUGGCGAUGAUGUGGUCAUUGUGGAGAAAGAUCCCAGUGCACAGUGGUUGUCUCAGUGGCUUGAUGGUCUUACAUAUUGUACUUGGAAUGGACUGGGUCAGGACCUCAGUGAACAGAAGAUCCUGCAUGCAUUGGAUGACUUGAAGGCGAAUGGAAUCAAUAUUGUCAAUCUGAUCAUUGAUGAUGGCUGGCAGACUAAUGACAAUGAAGGGGAGUCCCAAUUCAACCAAGGCUGGAAACAGUUCGAGGCACACUCGAAAGGGUUCCCAAGAGGGCUGAAGAAAACGGUCGAAUCCAUCCGGGGAGCACAUCCCCACAUUGAACAUGUCGCAGUUUGGCAUGCCUUGCUGGGAUACUGGGGUGGGGUCGCACCGGAUGGAGACCUGGCUCGAAGAUUCAAAACAAAGCAAGUCAAGAUCAAAGAUCCGUCUGCCAAUGGUCCCAUUGCGGAAAACCUUCCAGAUGGGAAAAUCCUUGCCAUUGAUCCUGACGAUGUGAAACAAUUCUACGAUGAAUUCUAUAGUUACCUAACAUCUGCUGGUGUUGACUCGGUAAAGACCGACGCACAAUUCUUCAUCGAUCUUCUCGAGGACCCGGACGACCGUCGGAGCUUCAUGACAUCCUAUCAAGAUGCAUGGUCCGUGGCAUCGCUGAAGCAUUUCAGCAAUCGGGCAAUCUCAUGCGGGUCAAUGACCCCUCAGAUAAUCUUCCAUUCCCAAAUGCCCGCCAACAAACCGACAAUCCCUCUGCGUAACUCCGAUGACUUCUUUCCCAAAGUCCCAGCCUCUCACACAUGGCACGUAUUCUGCAACGCCCACAACUCCCUUCUCACCCGCUAUCUGAACGUAUUGCCCGACUGGGAUAUGUUUCAAACAAGUCAUCCGUACGCAUCGUUCCACGCUGCAGCUAGAUGCGUAUCAGGCGGACCGAUCUAUAUCACCGAUGAACCAGGCAAACAUGAUCUGGCCCUUCUCGACCAAAUGACUGCACCAACAGUCAAGGGAACCACGGUGACCAUGCGACCGAGCGUCGUCGGACGAACAAUGGACAUAUAUCACGACUACAACGAAGGACACGUUCUGCGAGUCGGAAGUUACACCGGGUGGGCCAAGACCGGAAGUGGAAUCUUGGGUCUUUUCAAUAUCCAGUCUGCGGAGACUCCUAGCAUAGUCUCGUUGAUGGAUUUCCCAGGUAUUCACGAGGAUUCAGAAGGCCAAUACAUUGUGCGCGGGCACACCAGCGGCAAGAUAUCCGCUCUGAUGCGGUCAUUGGAUAAGGGGUCCCUUCUAUCGGUUGUUUUAGAGCCGAAGGGCUGGGAGAUUCUCACUGCGUAUCCCACUCAGCCGUUCAUGCUCGAGGGCAGUCGUGGGUGCGGCUCUUCAGGUGAUAAUCUGACACAUGUGGCCGUGCUUGGUCUCAUUGGGAAGAUGACUGGCGCAGCGGCCGUGAUCAACUCCGAUAUAUCUGUUCUUGAGAAUGGUCGUUUGCGAUUUGAUAUCAGCUUGAAAGCGCUUGGAACACUCGGUAUAUAUUUUUCGGAACUUCAUGGCAAAAGCCUUGCCGGGAACUUUAUGGUCAUGAUAUUGGGACGUCCGGUCCCAGAGAAGACUGUUUGGAUGGAAGGUGGAGAGAAUGCUAAUGUGCUGGCCAUUGAUGUAUUGAAGGCUUGGAAGGAUAUGAAGUUGGACAGUGGAUGGAGUAAUGAGGCUUUUGUACAAGUUUUCGUAGGUUAA